AUGGCAAAUAACCACUUUGCCAUUAACCAAAUAGCAUGUUUUCUCUUUGUCAUCUCUUGCUGCUUACCCUUUCAACCCCUCGUAGAUGCCAAACUUGGCGGUUUCACCAUUGAGAUUAUCCAUCGUGACUCGCAACUUUCUCCCUUUCGUAACCAUUCUGCUACAGUUGAAGACCUCUCUAAUGGUGAUGCCCUCCGUUCAAUUGCCCGAGCAAACCAUUUCCAUCAAUCUUCCUUAGACACGAACAAAAUUCAGUCUACUGUAACCCCAACUGGCGGCGAUUAUCUCAUGAAACUCUCCAUCGGAAUCCCCCCAGUUGAAGUUCUGGCCGUCGCCGACACUGGAAGUGAUCUUGUCUGGAUCCAAUGUGAACCUUGCCCACAAUCAGAAUGCUACCCUCAAGAUGCUCCUCUCUUCAAUCCCACCAAAUCUUCUACUUAUGCUGACCUUCCUUGUGAUGAUAAUCUUUGUAACGAUUUACCAUCAACAAGCCGCGACUGUAGUUUUUGGGAUAACAAGUGUCAAUACAAGUAUCGAUAUGGAGAUCAAUCAUAUACGAGGGGAGCAUUAGCCACAGACACCUUUACUUUUGUUUCCACCGAUGGUGCUGCUCCCUUCCCCAACUCUGUGUUUGGUUGUGGUCAUAAUAAUGGCGGGACUUUCGACAGUCGCGGCUCUGGAGUUGUUGGCCUAGGGGGUGGACCACUAUCCCUUAUUUCUCAAUUGGGUUCACAAAUUGAGCAGAAAUUCUCCUAUUGUUUAUUGCCCAGAACCAUGACCUCUGCUAGCAAACUCAAAUUUGGAUCUGAUGCAAUUUUGACUGGGCCAGAAGUGGUUUCAACCCCGUUCUCAUCUGAUAGCUCAGGUACUUUCUACUAUCUGACCCUUGAAAGUGUAAGUGUUGAGGACAAGAAGAUAACGAACAAUCAGUUGGCUGCUGCUGCUGAUGGUGGUAAUAUUAUCAUUGACUCGGGGACAACAUUAACUCUGUUAGAAUCGAGUUUCUACGAUGAGUUGGAAACGGCAGUGAAGGAGAAGAUUCAGUUGGCUCCAGUUGAUGACCCACGAGGGAGCUACAGCCUAUGCUAUGAUCGAAGUUCAUUUGAGAACAUUCCUGAAGUUACACUUGUAUUCCAUUUUAGGGGAGCUGACGUUGAACUCAAGAAACUAAACCUUUUCAGAGCAAUAUCUAGUGAUCUGUCUUGCUUUACAAUGGUUCCUACAAAUGGUGGAAAAAGCAUCUAUGGAAACUGGGCUCAAAUAAAUUUCCAAGUGGAGUAUGACCUUGCGGGGAAGCAAGUCUCUUUUGCGCCUGCAGAUUGUAGCCAGUUGGGGUUUAAGCAAUCGAAGACCAUGAUUUUGCAAUGUUUUCCAGAUGCCUACUGA